ACGCGGAGGAAAUAAAAAAAAUAUAAUAAAAAAUUACGGCUAGAGAGAGAAAAACCCUAAAAUAGAAAAAAUUAAUCGGGUAGGGGGGGAGAGAGUGAAAAAGCACUGCCCUCUUCGCCUUUAUAAGGCGGCCUCCACCACCAUUUCCAUAGAGAGAAAAAAAUCAGUGAGGCAAUCAGUUUAAAAGAGUGAUUUUUUACAUUUUCGUUUAAUUUCCCCCCCUUUCUACUAUUCCCCGCUUCUUGGAUCCCUUUCUGUCAUCGUCUGUCUUUCAAAGUUUUUGAUCUGAUUUUCAAGGGUUUGUAUUUUCUUGAUUAAAUUUUAAACGAGGUAAAACAAACCUUAAUUUGGGCGAAUUCAGUUUUUGAAAGCCAGGUGAUUUUCAGAAUAGAGAUCUUUUUUUUUAGUAUAAAGUUUGGAUUUUUACUGUUUUAAAUUUUCUUUCUCUGAUCUAAUCAAGAUUUGAGGGUUUGUUUUUGUGUCCCUCAUCUGUUUGAUCGUUUGCCUGUGUAGAAAAGUUACCUGUUUUUUGGUUUUGGUAUAAGAAACAGGUUCGUUUUCUCCUUGCUUUAAUUUUGUUGAUAUAUUUCUGUCGAAAUCUGUAGCUUUCUCGACCAGAUUAUCAAUGGCGGCAGCUCUAGAUUUUUACGGUUGUAGCAGUUUCUCUAGAGAUCCCUUGAGGGAAGAGCUUAUGCAAGCACUUGAGCCUUUUAUGAAAAGUGCUUCUUCUUCCGAUCCCUUUCUCUCUCCUCUUUCUCCCUCUACCUCUUCCUCCGAUUCCAACGUGUACGCUGGGUUUGGCUCAAUUCCAUCAAGAACCCAACCUAUUUCACCAGGGUUCUCGAAUUUUAGCGAGAUGGUGAACGAGCAAACACUCAGCAACACAGUCGGUUUGAAUCAACUCACCCCUUAUCAAAUCUAUCAAAUCCAAGCUCAAUUCCACCUCCAACAGCAGCAGCAGCAGCAGCAGCACAAUUUCCGGUUGCAGCGGCACCACAACUCGAGCUUUCUUGGGCCGAAGCCCGUGGCGAUGAAGCAAGCCGGAACUCCCUCGAAGCCCAUGAAGCUUUACCGGGGAGUUCGGCAGAGGCACUGGGGCAAAUGGGUGGCUGAGAUCAGACUCCCCAAGAACCGCACCCGUCUCUGGCUCGGCACCUUCGACACCGCCGAGGACGCCGCCUUGGCCUACGACAAGGCUGCCUAUAAGCUUCGCGGAGAGUUCGCAAGGCUCAACUUCCCUCACCUCCGCCACCAGCUGUGCCGGGACUCGAGCGAUUUCAAGCCUCUGCAGUCCUCUGUCGACGCCAAGCUUCAGGCCAUCUGCCAGAAUCUCGCAGCCAAUUCGCAGAAGCAGAAACAGGGGAGUUCGAGGAAAUCCGGUGCCGCUCCUGAUCAAGACCCUCAAACCUCCAAGGCCGAGGAUGUCAAGGUGGAGGCCGCAACGUCCUCAUCUUCUGCAUCGCCGUCCCCGUCUCCCUCUGAUGAAACAUCUUCGUCAUCUUCAUCGCCGGAGUCGGAUGUGACCUUCGUGGAGCCAUUGUUCGACGAUGAAUUCGACAAUUUCUUGCUGCAGAAGUACCCUUCUGUGGAGAUUGAUUGGGCGUCUCUGUAAUGUAAUGUGUUGUUUUGUUGGCAUCUGCAGUGGAUUUUUAGACAUGUGCAGAUGGCUUAGUCAUAGUGUAUGAUGUUUUAGUAGAUAGGAUCUCUCACUCAUGAUCUGCUGGUUGUUUUUGGUUCCAUGCUAGAUCAUAGAGAUGUCUCUCUGUUUCUUCUACCCUUGUACUUGUCUCCUAGUUUGUAUAAAAUCUAUCUACUAUUUCUGUUAUCA